UGCAAUAUAUUGGUCCUAUUUUUCGGUUCUGCCGGUUUGAUUCGGCUGGUUCAGGUUUCUUCGUCUUCUGCCCUAGCUAGCUACCGCCAAUAGUAACGGAAAAACGGAACCAUGAUCUUCUCUGUCUCUCCCUUGCCCGGUCACUCGCCCCGCCGCCACCCUCCGCCGCCGCUUCUCUCCCCCGCCAUCCUCGGACGUGUCUGAAUUCAGCUCCAAGCUUCUCACGCUUUCCCUUCCCCACCGGCGCGAUUCCGUCUUCCACAGCUCUGCCCCGGCUCUAGUAAGCCGAGCGACGCUUGUCAUCUCCGCAUAUAUCAUUGAGGGUUCUAUGGCCAAGCGUUUUGGAAACAAACGCGGGCUAAAGAGAACGAAGAAAUUCGAAAAUGAGAGGAGUGGUGGGUCUCGGAGAAAGAAGAAUCGUGCCGAAGAAGAGGUCGCCUGGAGCUCACCGGAUGUUCAGGAAGCAGAUCAUGCACCAGCUGAACGAUUGAAAAGUUUGAGCUCCGAAGAUGUGGCAGUUUAUAAAGAACCGUCUAUGUAUGAUAGUCUACUUGUGUCGCUGAAGUCGAGCAACAAAUCCUUUUCCGAUGCUCACGAGAGGAGGCAGAGGCAAGAAGAAGGUAGAAGUGACUCUGAAGAGGAUGAUAUUGGGGGUCUUGAAUCUGAUGCUGAAAGUCAAUCUGAGGAGGACGGCUCCGAUGAAGGAAGCGAUGAGGAGUCUCCGGGAGAGCAUGCUAGCGAAAGUGAGUUGCUAGACUCUAAUGUGCUUGGUGGUGAAGAUGAGGAUGUAGAUACUGAAACGGGAACUGAUAACGAGGGAUUGGAUUCUGAUGAAGAGGACAGAUUGGAGGGGCCUUCUGAUGCUAAUGCUACAGCAACAGAUUACAUGAGAUCAUUGAAUGCACAUUUGGGGCAUAAUUUAUCAAAAGAAGAGGUUGAUGAUCUGUCAAAGAAGAGAUGGAAAUAUAAAUGGGACAUGCCUGCUAUUGAUAUGUCAAACUGCAAGUGGACAGGAACUGGAGAGUGUUUUUUGAAGGAUGACAGCACAAGUUCUGCAUAUGGUCUGAAGCCAAGUUUGUACAAGCACUGGUUAAAUAUUUACAAAACAUCUGGUGGAAGUGAUUUUCAUAUGUCCAAGGAAAGGUUAUUCUUCUCCCUGUGCGAGAGUUACCGCGAUAUAUUGCACUGCAAUAAGAAGCCUUUCUACCACAAGGACAGAGAAGACUCAAGUAUUAUGGACGCUUACAUUAUGCAUUCAUUGAAUCACAUAUUUAGAACUAGAGACCUGGUGACAAAAAACAAUGCAAAAAAAGCAAAGCUUGAAGAAGCUGGGAAUGAGGAACUACUAUUUGGUGACUGCUUCCGCGAUCAUGGCUUCACGCGUCCCAAGGUUUUGAUCCUAUUGCCUCUUCGAAGCAUUGCACUUCGAGUUGUUAAGAGGUUAAUACAACUGACACCCUCUAAUCGGAAGGUCAACGUGGAGCAUAUGGACCGGUUCACUGAUGAUUUUGGUGGUGGAGAGGCUGAAGACAAUGAUGAUGGUGCAUUGACAGAAAAUGUUCCUGCCUUGACUCAGAAGUCUUCAAAGCCUUCCGACUACCAUGCUCUUUUUGAUGGAAAUAAUGAUGAUCAUUUUAUGAUUGGCAUCAAGUUUACAAGGAGGAGUAUAAGGCUGUAUAGUGAUUUCUACACAUCAGACAUGAUUGUGGCUUCACCUCUUGGUCUGACUACCAAAAUUGGGGAGGCUGAUAGCGAGAAGGAGAAAGAUGUGGACUACCUGUCCUCGAUAGAGGUUCUAAUUGUUGAUCAUGCAGAUGUCAUUGCGAUGCAGAAUUGGUCCCUUGUGGAUGAAGUUGUUCAAAGGUUGAAUCAAUUGCCAUCAAAGCAGCAUGGAACUGAUAUUAUGCGGAUAAGGCAUUGGUACUUGGAUGAAUAUGCACGCUUUUACCGGCAGUCAAUAAUCUUGGGUUACUAUUUAAAUCCAGAUAUAAAUGCUUUGUUCAAUCACCAAUUUAUCAACUACAAAGGAAAGGUGAAACUGGUUUGUGAUUACAAAGGCGUUCUGCCAAAAGUUGUACUGCAAGUGAAGCAGAUUUACCAGAGGUUUGAUGCCAAGUCGAUUGAAGAAGCUAAUGAUGCUCGCUUUGAAUAUUUUACCCAAAAAGUGUUCCCAAAAAUUAAGGACUCGGUACAGGUAAUAUCUUUAUAUGGACAAUGAAUCUUGAAUUGAGCUGGUUA